AUGAACGGUGCUGAACGCGAUGAAAAGAAAGUGUUUGCAGGUGAAGAAGAAGAAGAAGAUCCGGUGGUUCAAGAGAUCCCUAUCAACCUAACGACGGGGCCUUGUCCAUUGCACGUGUUGCAGUUUGUUAAUAAGCCUAAAAAACUGUCGAAGAAUAUGGAAGAACAUCCUCCUGUGGCUGGGGUACGGUACAAAGAGGAAUCACAUGUUUGGGAGCUGGAUAUACCGUUGAAUACGCAGGUGUUUUACGACAAAGAGAAGGCCAAGGAGGUAUGGGACAAUGUAGAGUUGCAGUCCCUUAGCGGUGUUGCAGUAGAGAGUGAUAUGCAGCAAUAUGUGGGUGUUAUGAAGGAGGGGCAGCUAUACUUGGUGCCAGUUGAGAAGGUAGCGCAAAUGAGACCAUAUUUCAACUAUAUCGAUGUGCAGCAAAAGGCUCGUAAGGACGAUGAUUCUAAGAGGGCGGCCGGAGCUGGUUCUAAUAAUGCUAAGAGCAACCAAGUUGUGACUAUGUCUGUGAAAAGUUCGAGUGAAGCCAACCAGAAUCGGUUAGGCGGAGCUCUUCUGGCGCACAAGGUCGCGGAAGAAGAGGAGCCAAAGGAUUUAGAGUGGAAAGAGGAUACAUACGAGGCGUUUGUGGAGGAGAUAACGUGCAAGGACUCAGUCAGAGAAACCUUGAAGCCUAAAGACGAUGAAGCAACGUAUCUAUCGAAGUUGUUCUAA